UAUUUUGACCAAUCAGCUCAGCUCUGAUAAAUAGCUGAUGUCAACAUUUUUGUUGUGAUUGGUCUAAAGACCAAUAAGUGGAAAAAGAUCAGAUUUGGGCUGCCUCUGUAAACGCAGCCUGUCAUUAAUUUGCUCUAAACACUUAUUGGCUCGUCAGUAGGCCGAGGUUGCUAGUGCAUUUCCAUUGCUGGAAGAGGGAGGAAGUAUCUGGGCUCGAGCAGGACGUUGUGCGUAAUUGUGGGGGCAUCUGAAAACCCACCUCUUGACUGACCACCUCGGAUCAUUUUCAUCAAGAUGGCAGGAAAGAUUAGCUCCAAAGAUGAGCUGGAGGAACUGAGAGAGGCGUUUGGCAAAGUUGACCUCGAUGGCAAUGGCUCCAUCUGUGACUACGAGCUCCAUGAGUUGUUCAAGGAGGCAAACCUUCCCCUGCCUGGCUACAAAGUCAGGGAGAUCAUCCAGAAGCUGGAUCGCAACAAGGACAACGAGAUCAGCUUUGAAGAGUUUGUAUCAAUAUUCCAGGAGUUGAAGAGCAGUGACAUUGCCAAAAGCUUUCGGAAGGCCAUUAACAGGAAGGAGGGGAUCCUGGCCAUAGGUGGGACAUCUACACAGUCCAGCGAGGGAACGCAACACUCCUUCUCUGAGGAGGAACGGUACGCUUUUGUCAACUGGAUAAACACAGCACUGGAGAAUGACCCUGACUGCAAGCACGCCCUGCCCAUGGACCCCAACUCAGACUCCCUCUUCAAGUCCCUGGGCGACGGCAUCGUUCUUUGUAAAAUGAUCAACUUGUCGGUGCCAGACACGAUUGACGAGAGGACCAUAAACAAGACAAAACUGACACCGUUCACAAUACAGGAGAAUCUGAACCUUGCUCUGAACUCUGCCUCUGCCAUUGGCUGCCAUGUAGUGAACAUCGGGGCUCUGGACCUUAGGGAAGGGAAGCCCCACCUGGUGCUGGGCCUGCUGUGGCAAAUCAUCAAGAUCGGCCUGUUCGCUGACAUCGAGCUCAGCAGGAAUGAAGCCCUGGCUGCUCUGCUGAGGGAUGGAGAGACCUUGGAGGACUUGAUGAAGCUGUCUCCAGAGGAGCUGCUGCUGCGCUGGGCUAACUUCCACCUGGAGAACGCAGGCUGGGAGAAAAUCAGUAACUUCAGCUUGGACAUCAAGGACUCCAGAGCCUAUUUCCACCUCCUCAUCCAAAUCUCCCCCAAAUGCACAGAGGAAGACCAGCCACACACAGACAUCAGCAUGGCAGGCUUCAGUGAGAAGGAUGACCUGAAGAGGGCAGAGAACAUGCUUCAGCAGGCUGACAGGCUGGACUGUCGCCAGUUUGUCACACCAGCUGACGUAGUCUCUGGCAACCCCAAACUCAACUUGGCCUUUGUGGCCAAUCUCUUCAACAAGUACCCGUCUCUCACCAAGCCUGAGGGAGAGGGCAUUGACUGGGGCCUGCUGGAAGGUGAGACACGAGAAGAGGGAACAUUCCGGAACUGGAUGAAUUCCCUGGGCGUGAACCCACAUGUCAAUCAUCUGUAUGGAGACCUAGCAGACGCCUUGGUCAUCCUUCAGCUUUAUGAAAAGAUAAAAGUACCCGUUGACUGGACCAACAAAGUCAACAAGCCACCAUAUCCCAAGAUUGGGACAAACAUGAAAAAGUUGGAGAACUGCAACUAUGCAGUGGAUCUGGGAAAGAUGACGGCCAAGUUUUCUCUGGUUGGCAUUGGUGGGCAGGACCUGAAUGAUUGCAACGCCACCCUGACGCUGGCUCUGCUGUGGCAGCUCAUGAGGAGAUAUACUCUGAAUGUACUAGAGGACUUGGGAGAUGGCCAGAUGGCUAAUGAUGACGACAUUGUCAAAUGGGUCAAUACAACCUUGUCAAAGGCGGGGAAAACAACCAAGAUCUCAAGCUUCAAGGACAAGGAGAUCAGCAACAGUUUACCAGUGGUGGACCUGAUUGAUGCCAUCCAACCUGGCAGCAUCAGCUAUGACCUGGUCAAGACUGGCAGCCUAGCAGCUGAGGACAAGUUGGAGAAUGCCAAAUAUGCCAUUUCCAUGGCGAGGAAGAUCGGGGUGUGUGUCUACGCUCUCCCAGACGACCUGGUGGAGGUCAAGUCCAAAAUGGUAAUGACGGUGUUCGCAUGCUUGAUGGGCCGGGGGAUGAAGUGGCCUUAACCAAGAUGCUGUGUCACUUUGGCAUCGACAAACUACCCACAAGCCAUUUGCUUGAUGAAGGGCGACCUGGGAAUUUAGAAAGACGUGGAAGAAAAUGUUACUAAAAGUGCCAGUGUUACUUCAACCUCGUUUUGAACAGCAAUAUGUUUGCACAAUAUUUUGUAGUAUUCUUAAGUGAAGCCCAUAGCAUGUUUCUGAAGAAGACUAGGCCUGUUAGAGGACAACUUGGUAUGUUACUUCUCAAUAUGUAACACUCCAUUUGUUUCAGAAUGCUGUAUGGUAUGUGCAUUUUUACUGUUACUACUAUAUGCUUGCUGUUCACACUACAUAUUCAUAACAUCCCUUACAGUGGAUGACAAGCUUUAACUUGGUUAAACUGAAAUUGUGGAGUAUUAACUUUCCCCUCUGCCCUAUUGAAAUGCAAGCAUAUAUUUAUAGCUGGUCUUGGCAACAGCUGCAUAUCUCUAAAACAGAAGCCAUAAGGUCAAACCUUAGUAAUGACCAAGCCUGAAGGGUAUUCUGUUUCUGUUUUUUUCAAUUAUGCUAGCUAGUAAGCUGAAAUGAGCUAGGUGUCUUGUCUAGCAUUUUUGUAUUGGACUAAAGAUGUCUUACUCUGGAAGAAAGGGGGAGCUUACUGAGUUCAGUUUCAUUCCUUUUCAUUUUGUCUUGAUGCUAUAUUCUGUUGCACAGUAAGGUUUCCACUUAAUCUUUUGAAUUCACCAUGACCAAAAAAUAUAGCUGACAUAUUUCUGCAUUCCAUAUAGUGGCGUUACCAUACCAAUGCGUUUUUGUCUAGUGUAUAAAUGUUUACUCUGCAGUGCUUUAUACAUAAAGAGAACAAUAAAUAAAACAAUGCAUACAAAU